UAAUUUUUUAAAAAUAAUGAUUAAAACCCUAAUAAUUGAUGAGACAUCAGUCUUUCACUUUGUCUUGGUGGACAAUCGGCGACUGUGUGUCGCAGUGGUUUCUCACAGUCUCUCUUCUCCUUCUCCGGCUGUAAGUUUUAACACAAUAUAUUCUCUUUUGAUGUUUUCAAUCAAUAACUCUAAAUAAAAUGCAACUUUAUCGGAUUACUGUAUACACAGUUACUACUAGAGUGUGAUUUUUGAAAUUUAUGUACUUUGUCUUAACUUACUAGUGGUUGUUAAUGGGGUGUGUAAGGUGUUCUUGAAAAUAUGAUUUGGUUUUUGUAAACAUCUUACUGGUACUGCUACUGCUUCGAUUGGAGGUUUUCAUUUACAUGUUUAACUUUUGAAUUUGCGAUAUUAAUUAUUUUAAACAUUAGAGAUUAUGGUGCAAACAUUUUAAAAUCUCAUCAGCCCCUCUCUCUCUAUCGCAUUCUCUCUCCCACUUCAUCCCUCUUUGCCGCCCAGCGAUUUGACGACGAAAUAGACGACAGCAUCUUCUCCCCUACUCGCUGACGACGACGGCCAUCUCUUCCCUAAGUCACCGACGGCAUCUUCACCAGCGACGGAAGCUACACAGCUCCUCCCUCCUCAACGACGACACAUCUUCUCCCUCACGAACGACAACAACUCAGGUGAGAAUGGCUGGAGUUCGAGAAAUCACGACUUCAGAAUUCUUGCAAGGAAUACAUAAGCAAAAUCUUGUUUUUCAUUGUAAUUCGCGAGUGCCAAGGUCAAAUCCUCUAUGGGGCAUGAUUUUGCGCCCUAGAAGAGGAAUUCCAUUGAAUUUGAGGUGUCGCGCUCAGGCAAAGCCCAAAGCUGUGGUUUCUGAUGGCUUGGGUAGUCCGACAACUGAGCAAUCCACAAUCAAGCCUGGUGCUGGAGUUGUACAUUUUUAUCGGGUGCCACUGAUCCAGGAUAGCGCUACAUCUGAGCUUCUCAAGUCUUUUCAAACUAAAGUCUCAACUCAAAUUGUUGGUUUAAAAACAGAACAGUGUUUCAACAUUGGGCUUCAGUCAGAACUUUCAAUCGAUAAGUUAUCCGUUCUUAAUUGGCUUCUUCAGGAGACUUAUGAGCCUGAGAAUUUGGGGGUUGAGAGUUUUCUUGAGAAGAAAAGGCAGGAAGGGUUGAGUAUGGUUAUUAUUGAGGUUGGUCCUCGGUUAUCAUUUACAACAGCAUGGUCUUCAAAUGCUGUAUCAAUUUGUCAAGCUUGUGGUUUAACAGAGGUGAAUCGAUUGGAACGCUCGAGGAGAUACUUGGUGUAUAGCAAAGGUCCGUUGCAGGAGCCUCAGAUCAAUGAGGUAGCUGCAAUGGUUCAUGAUAGGAUGACUGAGUGUGUUUAUUCUCAAAAGCUUACAUCUUUUGAGACGAUUGUGGUUCCAGAGGAGGUCCGCUAUGUACCUGUCAUGGAGAAUGGUCGAAAAGCAUUGGAGGAAAUUAAUCAACAAAUGGGUUUAGCGUUUGAUGAGCAAGAUCUCCAAUAUUACACUAGGCUUUUUAGAGAGGAAAUCAAGCGUAAUCCAACGACAGUUGAACUAUUUGAUAUUGCACAAUCUAACAGUGAGCAUAGCAGGCAUUGGUUUUUCACUGGUAAAAUGGUUAUAGAUGGAAAGCCGAUGGAUAGGACACUAAUGCAGAUUGUGAAGAGCACUUUGCAAGCAAAUCCAAACAAUUCUGUAAUUGGGUUCAAGGAUAACUCGAGUGCAAUCAAGGGGUUUCCAGUUAAGCAUUUGAGACCAGUUCGUCCUGGUUCAACAUGUCCAUUAGAGUCAGCUCUUCGAGAUCUUGACGUGUUGUUCACUGCUGAAACACACAAUUUUCCUUGUGCAGUGGCACCUUACCCUGGUGCAGAAACGGGUGCAGGUGGACGUAUAAGGGACACACAUGCCACUGGGAGAGGGUCUUUUGUUGUUGCCUCAACAGCUGGUUACUGUGUUGGCAAUCUCAAUAUGGAGGGUUCAUAUGCUCCUUGGGAAGAUCCUUCUUUCACCUAUCCAUCUAAUUUGGCGUCACCUUUGCAGAUUCUUAUUGAUGCUAGUAAUGGUGCAUCUGACUAUGGCAAUAAGUUCGGAGAGCCAUUGAUUCAGGGCUACACGAGAACUUUUGGAAUGCGACUUCCAAGUGGGGAAAGACGGGAAUGGCUAAAGCCUAUUAUGUUUAGUGCAGGCAUUGGGCAAAUUGAUCACACCCACAUAUCAAAAGGCGAGCCCGACAUUGGUAUGCUGGUUGUGAAAAUUGGAGGCCCAGCUUAUCGUAUUGGUAUGGGAGGUGGGGCUGCAUCUAGUAUGGUUAGUGGACAAAAUGAUGCAGAGCUUGAUUUUAAUGCUGUACAACGUGGAGAUGCAGAGAUGGCACAAAAAUUGUAUCGUGUUGUUCGUGCUUGCAUUGAGAUGGGGGAGAAUAACCCAAUCAUUAGUAUUCACGAUCAAGGAGCUGGUGGAAAUUGUAAUGUUGUCAAGGAAAUCAUUUAUCCAAAGGGUGCUGAGAUUGAUAUCCGGGCAAUUGUAGUUGGUGACCACACAAUGUCGGUGUUGGAGAUAUGGGGUGCUGAAUAUCAAGAGCAAGAUGCAAUUUUGGUGAAACCUGAAAGUCGUGACCUUCUACAGUUGAUUUGUCAAAGAGAAAGGGUUUCUAUGGCUGUUCUUGGAACCAUUAAUGGCGAGGGUCGGGUUGUUCUAGUUGAUAGUGCAGCUAUUGAAAAAUGCCAAUCAAGUGGACUUCCUAAGCCUCCACCUGCUGUGGAUUUGGAGUUGGAUAAAGUACUUGGUGACAUGCCACAGAAGACCUUUGAAUUCCAUCGGGUCGUCGAUGCACGAAAGCCACUUGAUAUUGCUCCUGGGAUAACUGUCAUGGACGCUCUCAAGAGGGUAUUAAGACUUCCAUCUGUUUGUUCAAAGCGUUUCUUGACUACUAAGGUGGACAGGUGUGUAACAGGGCUUGUAGCCCAGCAACAAACUGUAGGACCCCUACAAAUUACACUUGCUGAUGUUGCAGUUAUUGCUCAAACCUAUAAUGACUUUACCGGAGGUGCAUGUGCUAUUGGGGAGCAACCAAUCAAAGGUUUGCUAGAUCCAAAAGCAAUGGCAAGAUUGGCUGUUGGAGAAGCACUCACUAAUCUUGUUUGGGCGAAGGUGACUUCUCUGGCUGACAUUAAAGCAAGUGGAAAUUGGAUGUAUGCUGCCAAACUUGAUGGGGAAGGGGCUGCAAUGUAUGAUGCUGCUAAUGCUCUCUCGGAAGCUAUGAUUGAUCUUGGAAUAGCUAUUGAUGGGGGGAAGGACAGUCUUUCAAUGGCUGCCCAUGCCAGAGGUGAAGUUGUUAAGGCUCCUGGAAACCUUGUGAUUAGCGUCUAUGUCACUUGUCCUGACAUAACAAAAACAGUUACCCCAGAUUUGAAGUUAGGAGAUGAUGGUGUGAUACUUCAUAUUGAUUUGGCCAAGGGAAAGCGUCGUUUGGGUGGAUCGGCACUUGCUCAAGUUUUUGACCAAGUUGGGGAUGAUUGUCCUGAUCUCGAUGACGUCCCAUAUUUUAAAAGAGUUUUUGAGUGCACUCAAACACUUCUUGAUGAUGAGUUCAUCUCUGCUGGUCAUGACAUUAGUGAUGGUGGAUUACUGACAUGUGCUCUAGAGAUGGCAUUUUCUGGGAAUUGUGGUGUUGUGUUAGAUUUGAAUUCACAUGGGAAGAGCCUUUUCCAAACAAUUUUUGCUGAAGAACUUGGUCUCAUUAUUGAGGUAAGUAAACAAAACUUGGAUAUUGUGAUGGAGAAGCUAACUAGCAAAGGUAUAUCUGCCAACAUUGUUGGACAAGUAAGUUCCGAACCCACAAUUGAAUUGAAGGUUGAUGGAGCGACUCAUUUGAAGGAGAAAACCUCUUUCCUUAGGGAUAUGUGGGAAGAAACCAGUUUUGAGUUGGAAAGCUUACAGAGAUUGGCUUCUUGUGUUGAUCAAGAGAAAGAGGGGUUGAAAGUUAGGCAUGAACCCUCAUGGAACUUGUCCUUCACUCCUUCCUUCACAGAUGAGAAGUAUAUGAGCGCCACAUCAAAACCAAAGGUGGCUGUAAUUCGAGAAGAAGGGAGCAAUGGAGAUAGAGAAAUGUCUGCAGCUUUUUAUGCUUCUGGUUUUGAGCCAUGGGAUGUGACUAUGUCAGACCUUUUAAAUGGGUCAAUCUCACUGGAUGAUUUCAGAGGAGUGGUAUUUGUUGGUGGUUUCAGUUACGCCGAUGUCCUUGACUCGGCAAAAGGAUGGGCUGCAUCAAUAAGAUUCAAUCAGCCCCUUCUAAAUCAAUUUCAGGAGUUCUAUAAGCGGCCAGACACAUUUAGUCUUGGCAUUUGUAAUGGCUGUCAGCUUAUGGCUCUAUUGGGAUGGAUUCCAGGUCCCCAAGUUGGCGGUGUUCAUGGUCUUGGUGGGGAUCCAUCACAGCCAAGGUUCAUUCACAAUGAAUCUGGACGAUUUGAGUGUCGGUUCACUAGUGUGAUAAUUAGAGACUCACCAGCUGUUAUGUUUAAAGGAAUGGAGGGUAGUACAUUGGGGGUGUGGGCUGCUCAUGGUGAGGGAAGAGCAUACUUCCCUGAUGAUGGCGUUUUUGAUAGAGUGCUUCAUUCCAAUUUGGCCCCAGUAAGAUACUGUGAUGAUGAUGGGAGUGAGACCGAGCAAUAUCCAUUUAAUAUGAAUGGCUCUCCUUUAGGAGUUGCUGCUAUUUGUUCACCAGAUGGGAGACAUCUUGCUAUGAUGCCUCAUCCCGAGCGUUGUUUCCUAAUGUGGCAGUACCCAUGGUAUCCAAAGCACUGGAAUGUGGACAAGAAGGGUCCAAGUCCCUGGUUGAAAAUGUUCCAAAAUGCCAGGGAUUGGUGUUCUUGAGAGCAGAAACGUUGCCCAGUGGUUGGAGUAGCUCAGUUUCUUUAUUGCUGUUGGGCAGGGGAUUUGGCAGGGACUAUUAUUUUAUCGAUUUGCCUCCAAAAGAACUACAGUAUUGAAGUUAUGUUAACAUGUUUUUGGUGAUUUUUCAUAUUGACUAGUGUAAACUUAUAACAGUUUUUAUGAUAGAUUUUUAGGAGGAUUAAAAAAGUGACAUAAUUCUGAGAUGUUAUCUUGAGCUGCGGGUAAGUCAAUAAAUGAGAAUGUGUAUCUAAAUAUGCCUGAUUGAAAUGCCUUUUCUUGUCUA